UCUGCGAGAUCUGCAAACCCAACCUCGCUCCUCUCUCUCACCCUCUCCUUUCCCAGACAGCAAAAACCCACGACAAACUCCGUCAGAAAACCCCCCACAAAACCCAGAAUCCCACCACUUCAUUUCUUGCCGAUAACUUCCAAACCCAAUCUCACUCAAUCGAUUCUAUUGAAAGAAAGAUUGUUCGAAGCUAGACAUGGUCAGGAUCCGCAAGAACUUGAAGGUAUCGCCGCUCCAGUUCUUCCCCAACGUAGCUCCUGAGGACCUCCAGACCCAUAUCUGCAAGCUGAACCAGUCCCCAUGGGAUUCGAGCUCGUGCCCUCUCGACCUCGACUCGUCGUCGUCGCCGCUCCAGUUCGAAGCUGGGGAGGGUUUUAUCAGAAAUGGGAGCUUGGGGGAUUCUAUUGCAGCUGUCGAGAGCGUUGCGUCACCGAUGGAUAUCGACAAGCCAGAGAUGGCGCCCGGCGAUGAUAAAGUAAUUGUGAGGUGUCAAAAGAACGACGGGAGGAGCUGGCAAUGCAAGAAGGAAGCGAAAGAAGGCUUCUUAUUUUGCGAUCAUCAUAUCCGAAGGUCGUCUUAUAACAACAACGUUAGUAGCAAUGGAAAUAUUCUUCCCUCCAACUUUGUCAGUUCGAAAAAGGACUCAGCUGCUCCGGCUAAGACUCUAGACGGGACCCGCCGUACCCGGCCCAAGGCGGCGAAGAAGGGGCCUAACCCCGCGAACCCAUAUGAGUUCUACUAUUAUUCGGGGUUCGGACCCAAGUGGGGCAGAAAGAGAGGCAAGAAAGGCAAGGCCGAGGAGGAGGACGACGAGAACUAUGAGGAGGGGACUAAUAAUAUUGCUGAGGCAGCAGCUGAAAAUGUAGCAGCUUCUGCUAGUUCUAGUAGUGGUAACACCGAUCCCCAACCUUCUUCACCUCACAACGUUGGUAAUGGGGAUCAAUUGGACUACAUGGAAGACGACUUCGACGAUGAGGAUGGGAGCGACGAAGAAGGCGGCCCGAGGAGGAUGAGGAGGCCGGUGAAGGCUCGAUCCUUAAUGUCCAUAAUCAAUGUAAAAGCUCAGGAAUAACGAUGUGCCACAAGUGUUGAAGUUUUUUUUUUUAAAUUUUAUUUUGGUUGUUAGGGUUAACAAUCGGGUAAAAUUUUGUUGUACACAGGGUCGUGUUCUGUGGAGGGUGAGGAUAGUGCCUCCCUUACUAUUCACGACACAGACUUAGAGAAAGGUGUGAGUGUGAGUCGGCUAGGUAGUGUUUGUGUUAAUGGUUCA